CCCAGAGGUGUGUUGAAGCAAGUAGCAGAAACCCUUUUUUACUCCGAACACUAAACGAGAGAACUUUUCUUUGGAUUCCUGUGAGGUCUCCUAGUUUUGUUUGAAGGACAUCAUCACCCGAUGAGUCAAGCUUUCUCUGGUUUCACCGCAAGUUCAACAGCACCUGCUCUUCUCUCAAAUUAGACUUUCCUGCUUCAAAGCCGAGAGGAUCUGCUCCGUACCGAAUACGCCCACGCCGAGUGGCUUUUGGAGGAAGCACCAAGAAUUCCACAAGGUUGGAGACAUAAACACAGGAGGUGAACCUUGUCUUCUUCAGUUGAGCUUGUGAAGGAUAAUCAUUUGAGGAACUUGAGGGCGACAUUUAGCAGUGGAGACGAAGACUUGUGGUGAACAUCUCGAGUCCAGUAAGUCAAGCAAAUGAAUGAAAGAUUGAGUGAAAUAGAGGAACAUUGACAACGCCGGAGAAGAGAUUGGAGAUUUUUAUUUAAAUAUUUUGAUUUUAGUUUAGCGGUGGUUUGAGCCUGCCUGAAUUUGAAAGCGAGAGUAAGCUUUAUCACAUCAACUCCAGUUAAUUGUCUUUUCAUGUCAACUAUUGAGAGAAGGCUUAGGUCCAAUUAGCAAGCAGUUGUCUAAAAUUGAGAAAUACAAAGAAGAAAAACAAAGAAGGCAAGGUUGGACUGGCGAACCAAAGAAAGAAGGUAAACGAAAUGUUUGUUUUUUUCUAAUGGUGUCAAUUUUGUCGGGAAGACUCUAAAUGAGCUUGGAUUGAGGGGAAAAACACACGAGGUGGACAUCUCCUGCAAGGAUAAAAUACUCCAAGAAGGAUCUAGACAACUCUUGUUGAGAUUUCCAGGAGGAUUAAGACGAGGAUCUUUUUUCAGCGACUUCGACUGGAGUAAGAACAGGAGUUAAAAAUCUCUAAAAAGAAGGAUCUAUAGCAGGAUGGCGACAUCCCCACAUCGCUGGGGAUUCCUCCAACUCCUGCCCAGAAAGCUGCUCCUGAUUCUGGUCCUACUCCUGCCUCUGGCCCAGUACGCCCAGACGGCGCUGCAUUCCAGCUUCCGACGUCUGAGCGGUCGCGAGAAGAAAGAGAUGCAGAAGGAGAUCUUGUCCAUCCUGGGCCUGCCGGGCCGGCCCAGACCUCAUCCGCCGCUCCGGCCGCCCUCAUCGGCGCCGCUUUUCAUGCUGGACCUUUACCACGCCAUGGCGGCGGACGGCGACGACGACCCGAUCUCUGCCAACGACAUCGUCGGGCCCGGAGUGGUGCGGCUGAGGGGGGGUGGCGCCGGAGAGCGGAGGGCGGCUGUCCACCGCCCGGCGCUACCCACCCUCAGCACCCCGCCGCUCGGCACAGUUGUCAGCGAGGCCGACACAGUCAUGAGCUUCGUCAACCUUGUGCUUUGUCAUGUGGCAGUGGAGCAGGAACGGGACCUGAUGCAACCUCGGCCUUACUGGAAGGAGUUCCGCUUCGACCUGACGCCCCUGCCGCAGGGCGAGACGGUGACGGCCGCAGAGUUCCGCAUCUACAAGACGCUCACGCUGGGCCAGCGGGCUAACAGAACCCUUCACAUCUCAGUGUAUGAGAUCCAGAAGGACAACAGACACAGGGAGCCCGAAUUGGUUCUGCUGGACAUGCAGUCUGUGCCCGCAGGUCAAGAAGGUUGGUUAGCCUUCGAUGUGACCUCGGCCUCCAACCACUGGCUCCUACACCCUCGCAGCAAUUUGGGAAUCCGCCUCUACGUGGAAACCGAAGAAGAUCGCUCGCUGUCCGCCGCCUGGAUCGGGCUGGUGGGCCGCAGGGGUCCUCGUUCCAAGCAGCCUUUCAUGGUCACCUUCUUCCGGGAGAGCCAGAUCCCCUGCCGGCCCCCUCGCGCCGUCAAGACGCACCCCCGCAGGAAAAAGCCCAAAUACGACCUCCCAGUGCCCAGCAUUCACAAUCGAAGCCCCGUCAACAGCGGCGGUCAACCGUGCAAAAAACACGAACUCUACGUCAGCUUCAGUGACCUAGGAUGGAAGGACUGGGUUCUGGCCCCUACAGGCUACUCGGCGUACUACUGCGAUGGCGAGUGUUUCUAUCCACUGGGCGCCUGCAUGAACGCAACCAACCACGCUCUCAUCCAGCAAGUAGUGCACUUGCUGAAACCCAACGAGGUUCCUAAGGCGUGUUGCGCACCCACCAAGUUGAGCCCCAUCUCCGUGCUCUUCUACGACGACAACAACAAUGUCAUCCUCAAGAAGCAUCGCAACAUGGUGGUUAAAACAUGCGGUUGCCUAUGAGACGCGCGCCUCACAGCGGCGAAGAAGAACAAGAGGGAAGUGGACUUGAAUUUUUAUUACAAGAUACACACACGUUAUUUGGUCACACAACAUUCUAAAUAGUCCUUCGAAGAGACUCCAGUACAAUGUUGUACAUUUAAAGUUGAUUUUGAAGCCACGCCAAGCACUCGUUUGUGCUUCUAGUUGUGGUUAAUUAGUAGUAGUUACUAUUUCAAAUGAAGAACAUAUUCAAGACGUUAAUGUGACGCAUGGUAAGGGAAAAAAAGAGGCUGUGGUACUGUUGCUAAGCACCUAAUAUUUAGUGGUUUAUUUUUUACUUUUUUUUAAGCUUCCGACCGCAGCUUGCGUCACUAGGGACUUUAAAAAAAUUUGGUGGGGAGGGGGGUACAAAUGAAAAAAGAAAAUAUGAGCUGAAAUGUAUCAACUUGUCAUCCAACCUUUGCACGCAAUGCUGACAGUUUGUAUGCAUGUUAAUCGUAUACAAUAAAUAUGCAGUUUUUUGUUAAAAACGGGAUGCUGCUGGUGGACUUGUGCCCCUUGUCUUCUUUGUCUCUCUCACACACGCACACAUGCGCACGUCACCUCCUUGCCGUUAGACUGGUCCUCGUGUUCUUCAUCCAUCUUAUAGAGUUGUGUCUAAAACAAACAAAAAAAGGCGUGCAUGUGGAAGGAAAAAUGUUACUGUCAAUGGAAAUGUUUAUCAAGAGAACGUCCAGUCCAAAUCAAGUGUACUCCGUCAACGGAAGUGAAUCCUACCGGUUCGUUUGUGCUCCUUUAAGCUUGAACGUCGGCCAACUCGGGGGGCAUCGGAGACUUGGGGUGUUUGCUCUCAAAGUGUUGCUUGAAAGUCUUUGGAUCGGGCAUCUGCGUCUGCAAGGAUAUGUGCUUUUAAUCACUCUGGAAUAUACUUCACGCAACCAGUGUAAACGGACUGAGCUGGUUUCUAUUUUACAGACUUGUGGGCGAGAAAUGCUUUGAGCAAGUUGAUGGCUUCUUUUAACAAAGGUUUUCGAAAGGAGGGCUCUACGAUAUGAUGAUAUAUAUCGCCAAAACUAUGUCAAACUUUCUAUGGACAUUUUACAUGUCUACCAACAUUAUUGCAAUAAAUACACUUGUUCUUGCAUUGCACAUUUUGGCCAGCAGAUGACGCCCAAUUUGAGCUGCCUUGCUAUAUUUUGAGAUUUCAUAUGCUAGUAGUACCAUCAAUCGGACUCUACUCAAUAGUUCAGCAAAUUGGCUGCCCCUACCAAACGUAGAAAAGUAAUGCAUACAAGAUUGAAAAUACCAACCUAUAUAAUCCACACAGAAUACCGACAAGAAUUUGUUCCAAUGUCAAUAGGAAUUAAUACAUAAUUUAUGAUAAUAAGCUACCGUUCCUAUGCACCGUCACUCUUAGGGUCAAAACACACGGGAGGCGAUGAGAGAUAGGGAAAUGCCAAACUCAUCGGCGUUCAGCUGAAAGCCAACACACGGGGUACGAUAGGACUGCAGCGGCAAACGAAAUGCCAUCGCCCUCUGGCUGUGCCCCAUAGCUCGUCUCUGAUUGGCUAUGAAUUUGGACAGCAUUUAAAAAAUUUCCAGUCUUUUCUGAGCACCAACAAUUUCCCAUACUGCUGCUAUUUUAUUUAUGACCCGACGAUCAUGCCGAGAGGUAUCAUAAAGUAUGUGCUAAUCGCAUGUACACUACUAAAAUGACA